AUGGCGCUCAGUCUACUUCCUCUAAUGCUCUUGCUGAUUUCAAACAUCCGCCCUGCACACACUCAAGGGCAAGAGGCUUCAGAGGAACAGAUCAAGGCACCUAAACCUCGUCUGACUGUUCAGCCUGAACCAUCACAGAUAUUCAGAGGAGAGACUGUCACUCUCACAUGUGACAUACAGGGGGAAGAUUGGACAUACACAUGGCAGUGUGGAGAUGAACAGCACAACUCUGGGGAGAAAGAGUUCAAGAUCACUGUACAGCUCAAACAGUCAUGCAAGUGUAAAGGCUGCAGAGAAUCAUUCUGCUCUGAAUGGAGUGAUGUUGUGACUCUGAGUGUUUUGGACAAGCCCAAAUUAACUGUAAAGCCCCAGAGUUCAGUGUUCACUGGAGACACAGUUACUCUCAUCUGUGAUGAGGGACGAUCAACUGGACGGACAAUUUACUGGUUCAAAAACUUUCAGAGAAUAAAAGCUGGUUCUGAAACAGAAACACUGAGAAAAGUGAGAGUCUCUGAUGGAGGAAGAUAUGCGUGUACUGUAGAAAAAAAGACCACACAAAGCCAAGGAGUCGUGCUAACAGUAGGAGAGAGACCCAAGCCUGUAGUGCGUGUCCAGCCUGAUGGACGUGUGUUCAGAGGACAGACGGUCACUCUCACAUGUGACAUACAGGAGACAGACGUCACCAGCUGGAGCUACAGCUGGAAUAAAGAUGAUUCAGUGAUUAAUGUCAGUCAAUCGCAGGAAUACCGGAUCAGUUCUGUUAGCGAAUCUCACACAGGUAAUUACAGCUGUACUGGAAGAGAAACAGGAGGAUCACGAUACUCACACACCAGUGAUAAAGUUACACUGACCGUAUCAGUAAACUUCAGUUUAUUUUGCACAGAGAGACCCAAGCCUGUAGUGCGUGUCCAGCCUGAUGGACGUGUGUUCAGAGGACAGACGGUCACUCUCACAUGUGACAUACAGGAGACAGACGUCACCAGCUGGAGCUACAGCUGGAAUAAAGAUGAUUCAGUGAUUAAUGUCAGUCAAUCGCAGGAAUACCGGAUCAGUUCUGUUAGCGAAUCUCACACAGGUAAUUACAGCUGUACUGGAAGAGAAACAGGAGGAUCACGAUACUCACACACCAGUGAUAAUGUUACACUGACCGUAUCAGUGUCUUUUAACCCCCAGCUAAGCAAGCCAGAGGUGACAGUGGAACCCAAACUCCAGCAGGUGACUGAAACGAAGGAAAAACAGCUUGGGAGAAACCAGGAGCAGUCGGCUCAGCUCUCCUCUGGAUAA